UCCGUUUUCUUCUCUCCUCUCCGCCCUCGGAAAAAAGAUCUCAGAAACCCUAAAUUUUCUCCCAAAGCUUCCCCCUUUCCCACGUCCAUUUCCACCCCAAAUCCAUCCCAUUUUACUUCGAUUUCUCCAGAUUCGUCGUCAGAUCUCGCUCCACCGUCGUCGAUUCUGGGGUUUCGACCCGUCUUCCUUAAGAUCUAGGGUUUCUUGGAUCCCGACGUCCGCCCGGGUUUCUUAUGCCUCAUUUGAAAUCGUAGGGAUUCGAGGCGUUGAUGUCGAUUCCGGCGAAGAACGACGACCCCGUCGAGAUCCGGGAGGUGUGGGCGCAUAACCUGGAGGCGGAGAUGGCUGUGAUUCGAGAGAUUGUCGACGAGUACCCCUUUGUGGCCUUGGACACCGAGUUCCCUGGCGUCGUCAUCACCCCCGUCCGCGAUUUCAAGAACAACGCUGAUGAAAACUACCAGAAGGCCCGCGCCAACGUCGAUCUCCUCCACGUCAUCCAGAUCGGCUUCACCUUCUCCGACGCCUCGGGCUGCCUCCCGCCCUCCCCUUCCGGCGUCGGCCGCCCCUGCGUCUGGCAGUUCAACUUCCGGGAGUUCGACGCCGACCGGCACUUCUGCAACCCGGCCUCCAUUGACCUCCUCCGCCGCUCCGGCAUCGACUUCCAAAGGAACCGGGAGUGGGGGGUCCAUGCCCUCCGUUUCGCGGAGCUCCUCAUGUCCUCCGGGGUUGUGCUUAAUGAUUCGGUCCAGUGGAUCGCAUUCCAUGGCGCCUAUGACUUUGCCUACCUCCUCAAGAUCCUGACUUGCCGCCGGCUUCCAGAGACCACGGCAGGGUUCAUGGAACUUGUCAGGACGUUCUUUCCCACAGUCUAUGACAUCAAGCACCUGAUGAAGUUCUGCAACAAUCUUUAUGGGGGGCUUGCAAAUGUGGCCGAGCAGCUGGAUGCCGAGCGGAUUGGGGCCAGCCACCAGGCAGGCUCCGACAGCUUGCUCACUGCUCAUGUCUUUUGGAGGUUGAAGGAGAAGUACUUUGGUUGGUCCAUUGAGAGAUAUGCUGGCCCUUUGUAUGGUCUUUAGACUUGACAGAACAGUUAUUUGGACAAAAUAGAAAAUGUUAGAAAUAAAUUUUGGAUGAAUCCAGAAAGACAAAAAAAAAAAAAAACUUGCUUUGGUGAAUACAUGCUUGGUGUGAUAUUCUCCUCAUUUGUCUACUUACAUCUUUGGUUGGUGAAAAUGGUGGUGGCUUCUUUGGCUGGUUUUUGUUACCUUAUCUAUUGCUUCUGUGCAUUCAGGUUUGUAGGACUGCAUUUCAUCUCUUUAUUCCUCAUA